AUGGAUGUAUGUCACGUGUUGUUUGAGAGGCCAUGGCAAUUUGAUGUAGAUGCUCAGCAUUCGGGGAGGAGCAAUCAGUAUAACCUCAUGAAGGAUAGAGUUGCGGAUAAUAAUUUCCUUACUCUUACAAGGAAAUUUGAAGUUGAACUUAAAGAGACUCGACAGAUUCACGUGCUGAUCGUGAAACAAGCAAUCGAGACAGGGGCUGAGAUACAAGUGGAAGAGCAGCCUAAAGCAGUCAAACCUUUAUUGAAGGAAUUAAGCGAACUGAUGUCUGAAGAGAUUCCAGAUAGGAUACCUCGUAUGCGUGAUAUUCAGCACCAUAUAGACUUAAUUCCUGGUGCUAGUCUGCCAAAUUUGCCGCACUACAGGAUGAGUCCUAAGGAGAGUGAGGUUCUGAAAGAGAAGGUGGAGGAGUUGUUUUGA